AUGCACAACGACGAGGAGCCUUCGUUCUUCGACCGCGAGCGCGACAAACUCGCGAAAGAAAUUACACUAGGGUUCGAGGAGCUGCUCUCCUCAUCAAAUGUCGCAAAUAGGAAACUCGAAGAAGUCUUGGGCAUGACGAAGGAAUACGACACCAUCGCAUCACUGUGGCACAGCUUCUACAAGCUGAUGAAUGAGUCUGGCGGUGACACCAGUCAAGGCCACGAUAAUGAAGUGCAUGGCUUACCUGGUACUGGGGGACAUGUCAUCGCGUCCACGAGUAGGAAAUCGGAGAGUGGGCAAUGA